UAUAUUCUCAUAUAACGCGAUACACAUUCAGGGACAAGGAAAAGAAAACAGUUUUCGUUGAGAAGAAAAAGAUAGAGGAAAAUGGGAAGCAAAAAGGUUGUGUUGUUGUUGAUGGUGUUUCUUGCAGUGUGUACGGUAACAUGCAGGCCUUUCGAUGAUGAUCUGGGUGAAGAAACCAAAGAAAAAUCAGAGGAAGCAAAGAAGUUUGCCUCAGGAGUGCAGCAUGAUGCCGAGGAAAAGACCCAGUCUUUCUCUGAUUGGACUCAAAACAAAUUCUCUGAAAGUUUCGGGGCUGAUGAGGAUAAAGAAAAACAACCGACUGAAAACACGAUGAUGGAUAAUAUAGAAGAUGUUGCCACGAGUGCCGCAGGGACAAUGAAAUCUGCAGCAUCAGGAGCUUCGGAUUAUGUUUCGGAGAAGGCUACGGGUGCCAUGGAAGCAGUUUCAGGGGCCAUGGCACAAGGAAAGGAGAAAAUAGAUGACGCUUAUGAUGGAGAUUCCAAGAUCAUCAAAAUGCCAACAGAUAUGGAUAAUGUAAAAGACACAAUGAGAGAAAAAAUUGGAGAUACCUACGACAAUGCGAAGGAAAAUAUUGAGAGGGCUUCAGAUAAAGCUUCAAGCAUGGGUCAGAGUGCGAAAGAAAGCAUGGAGAAUGCGUAUGAGGAAGGUAAGCAGAAAAUGAACCUGGCAUCAGAGAAAUUCUCCGAUGGUAAAGCAAGUGAGGUUUAUGAUGAUGAAUCUAGGGAUAAAGUGAAAGCAAUGGAUUGUGGAAAUAUGGUUGUGGAUGGGUUUGAUGAGGCCAAUGAUUCUAAAGAUAACACAGGCGUGGGAAAUGAAUAUGGAAGGGACAAAGUAGCCGAAACUUUUGACCAAGCUAAACGUGCAGUGGAGGAAGCAUACGAGUCGGCAAAGAAUAAAAUGACUCGAGAGGCAAAGGCUAAGUACGAGGCUGCAAAGGAGAAGGCUUCAGAUGCCGCAGGAUAUGUCGGAGCUAAGAUGAGGAACACCCCAAACCAAUGAACCUAUGGUUAGUUUACCACUUAUUAUGAAAAACUCUCUUAGAUUCCACACAGUUAUCAUCGUACGUACAUAUGUUUUUGUAUGUUUUUUUUUGUUUAGCUGCAGAAACAGUCGUGGGUUGUUACUUGUUAGACAUUAUGAAAAAAAAACUCUACUCUCCCUAAUGUUAGGAGAAAAAACCCUGAAAGGUCCCACAGUUAGGUUCUUCUCUGAUCUAUCACGAUGCCAGGUAGAUUCGUAGGGACUAAAUGUGUAGCUUUUAGUAGGUUAUGUUAUGUACCUGUAAGUGUGACGUUUUGCAGUAAUUGGAUCCUCAGAUGAAUGAUAUAAAUUGUUGGGGCCCUUC